AUGAUACAAUGGCGGCGCGGUGCCGUAAUCGCUUUGAUGCAGAUUCUUAACGACUAUGCGGCGCGGGUAGUGUUCGGGGAACGCGAGUAUUUACAACGGGGAUGUUACGCGAUUAUAUACAGCGGUGAGGGAAUGCCUUUGGCUUGCGGUCGCGGCGCGGAGGUCGUGAGCGCGUUCGUACUCCUGAGUCAACUCUUCAGGAAACGAGAUUCUCGAGUCAACACCUUGAGAGACGGAAUCGGUAUCUCGAGUCAACACCUCGAGAGACGGGAACGGUAUCUCGAGUCAACAUCUCGAGAUCGGGAACGGUGUCUCGAGUCAACACUUCGAGAGACAGAAACGGUAUCUCGUGUCAACACCUCGAGAUCGGGAACGGUGUCUCCGAGUCAACACCUCGAGAGACGGAAACGGAAUCUCAAGUCAACACCUCGAGAUCGAGAACGGUGUCUCCGGUGUCCUCGGAGAGCGAGUAACGGAUUCGGAGUCUCGAGUCAGCACCUCGAGAUCGGUCUUAGGAAAGUACUAUUGACAGCUCACAAGAAUUCGCUCUACCCACAAGCUAACAGACGCGAAGGGCAAGGGGAAUCGUCCGUCCGCUCCACCCAAUCUCCUCUACUAGUGAGGCUGAAGAUGAUCGAAACGUUCCUUGAUAAUCUUCUUUUGGACUAAUUUUUUCAAGCCACAUCUAUCUGGGCUCUAGAGCUGGAAAGUCUAUUUUACUUAUUUAAUAAUAAUAGUAGUUAUAGUAAUAGAAAUAAGUAAAAAUAACAUAUAUACAUAUAUAUACAUAGUGGCGGGAUUUAUCCUGUCACAACAUUAUGCAUCAUACGUUGAGUUAAAUUAUUUCAGGAAAAGGGGGUGCAGGGAGAGAGGCAAAGCCCCUUCUCCUGCGAGGGAGCGAAGCCCCUCCUGCCUACUCGUGUCAUACAAACAACAUAUUUACUUCAGAAAUCGACGGUGUUGGAAAACAAAGAAUUCAUUUGUGAAACUUGAUUUGUUUCUACCUCGAAAACUAAAGCCAAGCGACGGUAACAUGUAUAGAGAAAAGUUGUUCAGAAUAACGUUCUCAACAACAUAUUUUAAGCUUAUUGAAAUUGGUGAGAAAAUCCACUUUGUAAAUAAUUACCAUAUAUACAGGGUGUUUGACAACAAACAAGCCGA